AUGGCUUCAACAAAUGGCUCAACAGCACAUCUACUUUCCCUCAAAGUUAUGCGAGUGUCGCGGCCAGCCAUUGCUAGUGCAUGGCAGCCCUUCUACUCGUCGUCACCCUCUUUCUCGGUGCAUUCGACUCAAUCAAUUUUGUCCCUCCAAGGCAAAGCACCGCUUCCAGGACAUCCGAAGACGUUAAGGGAUCUUACACAUGCUACUGAACUCUUAACAUUACCCUCGUCCUUUGGGUCCAUUCAACUUGGGGAGACGUUUUCCAGCUGUCUCUCGGUUAAUAAUGAAUCCGCUGCAGAUGUUGAGGCAACCACCUUAAAGGUCGAGAUGCAAACCGCCACGUCGAAGCUGACAUUGGCAGAGUUUGGAGGACCCAACUUCCGUUUAUCUUCGGGAGAUACGCUAGAAGAUGUUGUCCACCACGAAAUAAAGGAACUGGGGCAGCAUGUAUUGGGGUGCACAGUUUCUUAUCGCACGCCGAACAUUCAACACAGUUCUGUCAUUCCAGAAGACGGAAGUGAUCCUAGCAUUGUGUCAUUCAGAAAGUUCUACAAGUUUGUGGUCACAAACCCACUAUUCGUGAAGACAAAAGUCCAUACACCGAGAUCACCUUCUGCACUAUCGCGACCUGAAGAAAGAGAGAAAAUUUUUCUGGAGGUUCACAUACAGAACACUGCUCCUGACCCAAUCUGGUUUGAACGUUUGCGAUUUGAAGCAGUUGAAGAAUGGAAUGUUCAGGAAACCGAGUCAGCGAAUCAAGAGCAUGAGAGCGGAGGGUUGUUUUCGGGAUCGAUCGCUUUAAUGCAACCACAGGAUAUGCGCCAGUACAUCUACACCUUGAGUCCGACUGUGACUCCUUUGGAGCCAAUCAUUCAUGCACCUGGAACCACCCUUCCUUUAGGGCGGCUUGACCUUUCAUGGCGUUCUUCUUUCGGUGAACCCGGGCGGUUGUUGACUUCCAUGCUUUCUCGGAGAAUACCUCUACCUCCGCAGCCGACGCAAACCCCGGCGUCAGCUCUUCCUCUCUAUCUGAAGAGAGGAGCUGUGCCCUCGUCUACGCCCACACGGCCAAGGUCUCCGCAGCUACCUCAAUCUCGCCCAUCUUCACCCACACCGAUCUCCAACCAGCGGCCCUCUUCUCCCCUCCCACUCCGAAAUAGGACACAAUCCAUUGUCUCGACACGCACGCAAUCCCCCCCACCUCCCCCGAUCCCCCCUGAACAACCGCAUUCGACUAAUAUCGAGGCCAAUCUUGUGGUCCGAGAUAUACCUCGGGACUCGAUCUGCGUGGGGGAUGCCUUUUCGAUUUCGUUUACACUGAUAUUGUCGUCCUUGCUUCCGCCUGAGCGGCGAGGGCAGAAUAUUAGGCUCGCACUGAUUUUACAGCACACCUUUGCGCAACAUGAUAUCAACGCAGUAACUAGCUCAAAGCCACCUCUGGAAGCUUCUACCCCGAAGGCAGCUUCACCUGGUUAUUCGACUCCCUCCCCAGUCUAUUCGACCUUCAACUAUGCCUUGGCUUAUCAAAAGUUGGCAUCAUCGUCAUCGAGAACCCAGGUCACUUUUACCCAGAACGACGGUGAAACCACCCCUCGAACAAGCGCAGAUAAAGGUACUGCACUUCCCUUCCCACACUACGACCCAGACGACCCUAAGCGCCGUCAAGUGACGGGUGGAGUCACUUUCGCAGGAUCGUCUGCAAUGAGUCUGCCAUUUAUUGAACUUACAGAAGAGAGGCCUGAUCCCCAUAACGGCGACCCUCCAGAGAAUCCAGUCCAAUCGAGGGUGUACGCAACUCACAAUUUUGAGCUAUCUUUCGUGCCCCUACGCAAAGGUUUCCAUAACGUGGGUGGUCUCCGUUUAUUGCUUACAGAGGAAACGUAUGCAACCAGAGAAAAGACCAAUGAUCGGCUUUCAGAGCUGAAAGCUUUCGGAUCAUCGGAGCCGCAGAUCUUGAAGGAUUGGGACGUGGUGGCGGAGGUGUGGGUUUCGUGA